AUGACCGCUCGUAAUUCUCGAAAUUCUUCCGAAUUAUUACUUCGGAUUGCCGCUAAUUCGAUUUAUUGCAAUCGUACAAUGAAAGGUAAUCUUCGAUUAACUAAUUGGAAACGUAAGCAGGGGUGUCGCUGUUCUAUGUUAAAGAAAGUCGUUGAUUGGUGUGGUUGUUCUCCGCUUGUGUUCAACAAGCGAACAGUGUACAAAUUUUCUAUUGAAGUUGCGAAACAACGAAAUCUUUUCUUCGGUCGUAAAUUUGAUAGUUUGAUAAGUCAGUAUGCAAUCAGUGUUGCUGAAUCGCAAGCAUAUCGAAUGAAUUUAGCCUCUCUUCAAGUAAAUCAUCCAUCGUUUAACCGGACAUGGCUGAAUAUCUAUUCCAAGGAAAUUGAUCAUUCAGAUUUAUUGAUAUCUUGGAGUCGUUCUUUAAUAGCUGGACAAGAGUCAUCCAUAAGUUUAAAAAAUUGUAUGUUUCUCACUCUGAUAUCGAUCUACGCUUAUAAAGAAGACGAUGAUGCCGAUAUUGAAACGAUAAUGGAUGUUUCACUUUUAUGUGAAUCACGAGCAAUUGUUGUACAAUUUUUGAUUAAGAAAAUUGCAUUUUCUUCAUUCUAUGAUGUUAUGGUCGACGGUUUUACUCUGCUUUCAAUCUCAGUUGGCUCAGAUGUUGAUCUAAGAGAAGAAAUAUUUCGAAAUUAUGCAGGCGUUUUGUCCGAAGAUGAAAUUAUUUGCACGAAGUUACUUUGGCGCCAAAAUGUUGGAUCAACGAACACUUCAGAUUUGACUAGUCCAUCAGUGAAAUUGGAAUGGUCAUCGCCAGCUGGUGAAACGAAAGUAUCGGUUGUUGCUCCUUACGAUUCAGUUUAUGGUGGUCAGUUUGGCGAACUUUUUCCCAAUGAAACCUAUGCUGGUGAGUGGAAGGUUUCGGUUAUGGCAGAAAUUUCGACUGGUGAGAAGCUUCUGGUAGCUUCUUCUCAAUUUCUGAUUUAUUCACAUCGUCACGACGUUUCAUCAAAUGUCAGUUUAGUUACCAAGUACUUCACAGUUAAAGAUAUAUGUUCUAUGACUCAUUUCAGUGAUAUAAUCCUAUGUAAUGAGACCUUGUGGAGCCAUAUUUCUCCUGAUCCAAAAUCUGAGUUCGUUAUUUAG